UAUUAUGAGAGAUGGAGUGAGAAUAAGAGGUGUGGGUGUGGGUGCGGGUAAAGAUGAUGUAUUUUGAAAAUGAAAAGGAUACAAUCUGUUGAGAUGAAAAAAGAAGUUAGAAGUAUUAGUUAGAAUCAAGGGUAGUGUGGUCAUUUUACCUACUAUAUGGUUAGAAAUAACUAACCAAAUUAGUUAGUCAAUUAGACAACUAAUUUGGUAUAUGUAGGGAUAUGCAACUAUGUAAACAUAAAGUUAGGGCAUUUUGUAAAACACUGCCCCAAAAAUGUGAACUCUCUUUCUCUCUCUAUUCUAAUCUUUCUCUUCCUUCUCUCUAGCUUCUUCCUCCUUUCUUCUUCCUUCUCAGAUUCUAGAAGGAACUGAGCUCAAACAAGCUCAUGGUAUCAGAGCAGUGAUCACUGCAACGAAGGCUCAAACAGCUGAUUCAAAGACUCAAAGCUCAGAGUCAAAGAGUCAGUCAAGUGUAUAUCUUGUGUUUACAGAUCUAAGCUUCAUCGAAGCACAAACUGUAAUCAACACGAAUUUCCGCAACAAAGAGCUCAAAACUUGAAGAAAUGACAGGCGAAGCCACUGGUUCAACUCAACGAGUGGGUAUACCAAGUUCGGCAAGCUCAGCAGGGAACAAUGGACAAGGUAUUGACUAUAAUCAUCCCUUAUUCCUUAGCCCUACGGAUGUGAGUGGUAUUAGCAUCAUAUCGUUUCAGUUGCAAGGUAUUGAAAACUAUACUCUGUGGAAUCGGUCAAUCAAAUUAGCCCUACUAGGUAGAAAUAAAUUAGGGCUUGUGGAUAGAACGUGCAGAAAAGAAAUGUAUGGUGAAGAACUAUGGGGCCAGUGGGAAAGAGUAAAUGCAAUUGUGUUGUCAUGGCUUAUGAAUUCAGUUUCGAAGAGUUUGCUGAGUGGAAUUGCAUUUGCUUCAAAUGCAUCGAGUGUGUGGACUGACCUGCAAGAGAGAUUUGACAGAGUUGAUGGGUCAAGAACUUAUAGUCUACAUAAGGAGAUAGCCACUUUGCAACAAGGAACAGUUUCUGUAUCAACAUAUUAUACUAAGCUGAAAGCAUUGUGGGAUGAGUUUGAAGUGUUGGUGCCCUCACCGUGUUGCAAUUGUGAGAAAUCCAGAGGUUUUGUAGCUCACAUGAAUAGACAAAAGCUAUAUCAAUUUCUAAUGGGACUGAAUGACACGUAUCAUCAAGCUAGGAGUCAAAUUCUCAUGAUAGAUCAUUUGCCUAAUAUCAAUCAAGCAUAUGCUAUGAUAGUAGGAGAUGAGAGUCAAAAGGCUGUGGUUACAGGCAUCAAUAAUUUGGGACUAUAUGCAUCAAAUUCAGAGUCAGUAGCUAUGUACUCCAGAGCUGGAAAUAGUUCAGGCAUUGGCAAUAGGUUCAAGAAGAAUACCUCCUUAAUCUGUGAUUUCUGUAAAUGUAGAGGCCACACAAAAGAGUCCUGCUACAAGGUGGUGGGGUAUCCCCCAGAUUUCAAGUCAAAAAGGAGGGUUCAGAAUGCAAACAUGGUUCAUACUGAUACUAAUAGUCUCACUAGUCAAUCUCAGCAGUCAGGUCAGGCUAACUUUUCUUAUGGUCUAAACACAAAUGUGUCUGAUGAACCACUGUGGGGCAGAAGUAGCACAGUACAGCACACUGCAGACAAACUAACAACAACUACUCCUAACAAGACAACUGAGAGAGAGGUCAAACAACUACUUCAAGGGUGUACAUUCACAAAGGAUCAGUAUGAGCAAAUUCUUAUGAUGAUGAACCAACAAUCUUGUCCAAGAGCCAAUGCACCUGAGUGCAAUAAGGCAAAUAAUGCAGGAGCUUUACACUGGGAAGGUGAAGGAAGUUGGUAGAGAAGAGGGAGGC